CACCCACCAAGUGUCUUUGCGUUUCUUCUGCUCAGUUGAGCAUUCACCUUGAGGUAGGCUUCGUCUCAGUCGACGAGGUUUCAAGUGAGUUAGCUAAGGACGUUUCUCGAUUAGCUGUUGCAUUGACACUAGCGUCGAACUUGCAUCGCUAGAAACCGCCGCUACUUCAACACGAGGAAGUCGCCCGGCCCACCGAUCGGUCAAUUUGAGACUGUUCCUAGCUGAGCAGCUUGCGGGUUUCAAUCGAUGGUGGCGCGUGUGGAGACGGCUGAAUUAAAGGCGUCUGACGCAUAUUCCCCAGAAACUCGGGAACAGGAGCCGAAAGCCGAUAUGGAGGAUGUCGACAGCCUUCUACUGCACUUGAUUCGCAUAAUUGCGUUGUACCUGUUCGUGUUCCUAUCCCAGACGGCUAAGCUGGUCGUGACGGACGCAGAACUCGCCAUUUUCGUUGCUACACCGGACUUGUUGGAUGAAGAGACUAAUGAGCUCCAGCGUCGACUGCAUGCGGCGCUGCUCGCGUGGGUGAAAAGUGAGGUUAAGAACGACCUAUUUGAUGGGCUUCUGCAAGAACAGAGAGUGUUUGUGGUGAUUAAAAGACUAUUCCGACAGCAGCGAACGAAGGCUGCUGCUCAAUACCGCGUUCUCGCAGCACUAUUGACUUCGUAUUUGACGCGACUGCAGACCCCAUUGGUGCAUUGUGAACCGAGUAGUAUGUUGUCUUCAACACUGGAAUACUUAUUGACAAAGGAGAAAGAUACAGCGAGCAAAGAACCUAUCGCUCUAUCAAUGCUGUACCCGCUUGUGAAUGCUGUGGAUCUGGUGAACAUCGAACAGCGCGAGUGCCUCGAUGCGCUUAUGAAUUUAUUCCGAUGGCUCUCCGUACACGAUCAAUCUCAAGAGGUCUUCACCACAUUUUUAAGCAAGUAUCACGCUAAAAUCAUUGCAAUGACCGACGACGACACAAUGCCUAGAUUCGAUAGCGACCCGAGCAACUUAACCAUUAAGGAUGAGCUUGGCAUGUGCUUCGUGCAGACGCUGCUGCGGUACUCGGACCACAUUUUUCGAAGAGAUUCGCAGUUUGAUGAUUUGGUCCCUACACUUUCGUUCAGCGACACUGACGAUGAUGACUCGUCCAGCGAGGACGGCAGUGUUCUAACUCGCCUACAAUCAGCACAAGACAGUAAUUUAUCAGCAGAACUAUUGGAGAAACACACAAACUCCAGCGCAAUGAACCAGAUUGCGAUCUCGCCGGACGAGGAAGAGAAUGCACUUCCUGCUAAAGUGUCAUCGUGCCCAUUGUUCAAGUGCACGAAACGUGAAGAGAAGACAAUGAAAGUAUUGAUGAAAACCGCUACCAAGCCGAGUUCACAAGCUGCAUUCGUAGACGAUGGAUUUUCUAUUGGCAUGGAGUGGGAAGACGAAGAACCAUCGCCGACUGGAGUCUGCUUCGGUAUCGCUGCAGCUGGCACUCUUGCUGCUGUGCUGUGCGUCUUUUUGAACUGACGAUGAGCUAAAAUUCGUCACUACUUUGCCUAAACGCACCUUCGAAGAAUACACAACAAAAUACACAAACUCUGAGCUUGGGUAA